CUUUCAACUUUUCUCUCAUUCUUUGCGUGAAGUCUAAUCGUUCAUUGUAUCAACUUUUGAGUUAAUUUCCAGAUCUUUCCUAUUUUUUUUUCCUCAUUCCUAUUCUUUCCUGUUUGAAAAGCAUAAUCCAGAAAGCUACGUAGAGAGUGACGUCGUGUCAACAUGCCAUCCUAUCGGUUAGAGCAAGCGUCUACCGGCCGCGCAGGCUGCCAAAACAAGGAAUGCAAAGAGCAGAAGAUCAAGAUUGCCAAAGGCGAGCUGCGAUUAGGCAGCUGGGUCGACACGGAGAGAUUCCAAUCUUGGUUUUGGAGACACUGGGGUUGUGUCACCCCCAAGGUCAUCGCCAAUAUCAACGAACUUGUUGGCGAAGGUGACGACAGAGACCUCGAGACGCUUGAUGGGUAUGAGGAUCUCCCGGCUGAGCUUCAGGAGAAGGUUGCAAGGGCUUUGGAUCAGGGUCAUGUCGACGAUGAGGAUUGGAGGGGUGAUCCUGAGAUGAAUGUGCGCGGCAGCAGCGGCUUCCGGGUGAGAGCCUCAGCUAAGGCCAAGAAAGCAAAAGAUGCAGAUGAAGAAGAGAAAGAUGACGCCGCUGAAGAGCAGAAGACUCCGGCAAAGAAAACAAAAAAAGCAAAGAAGGCUGAACAUGCAGACGAUGAAGAGAAUGACGACGCAACCAAAGAGAAGAAGUCCCCCAGCUCCAAGUCUAAGAAGCGCAGCCGCGUGCAAGUUGACGAUAACAACCACGAUGCAGGGGCCGCUUCGCCCAAGAGGUCCAAGAGGACCCCAACGAGGAUUCCGAAGCAAGUUCCUGCCAUUUCGUCUCAAUCCGAUGACAGCGCAAAUGAGUCCCCUGAGCCGAAGCGCAGGCCUGCGAAGCGUGGUCAUCAAGCCAAAGAAGCAAAGCCUGCUCCCAAGCGUGGAAAGAAGAAGGCUGUCGAAGACAGCGAAGUUGAGCCUGCUGCUGAGAAGCCCAAGCGUGGACGGAAGAAGGCUGCCGCCUGA